GGUGUCGAAAAGAAAGAAACCAAAAACAAAACAUCUUGUUCGGAUUGACCAAUUGACAUAUUUCGACGCACGAGAGUUUUAUUAAUAAAUGAAUGACAGACUCAGCAAAACGAAGCAUAGAAAUGUUUGGUAACAACAAACAGCAGAAACUCUUUGAAAAUUAACAACACCUUUGUGUGACCAUCAUGGUAUGACGUCACUAGAUAUCAGCUGGCACUCUGUCAAAUGAAAGAAACUCAAACAAGUGUGACGUUUCGGUUGUGCAUCAUCUCUUAUUGUCCAUAAUAAAAAUUCUGCAGCUCAGAUCGACAUUGGUCAAUGGACAUGGCAAAAUCCUUUUUCGGUCGUGAUCAUGAGGGAUACGUUGGGAAAAAAGAUCAUGCGCGAACAAUCGAAACAGCUGGAAUGGACGAUGAGGACAAUGAUAUUGUCGAUGGGAUCAAUGGGAUUCAAAUAAAUGAAAGUAUUCGGCCGGCACAAGGAGGUCCGUUUUCAGCUUUGAUACCGUCGAUGUGGCCACAAGAUAUACUGGCGAAACUUGGACAGCCGGAAGCAGAUGGAGCCGAUCCACCGGACUAUCGUUUCGAUGAAUUUGGAUUCCGUGUUGAAGAGGAAGAUGGACCCGAGCAAAGUUCCAAUAAGUUGCUCAGUGAACCAUUUAUAGAAGAUAAUAAUCAACGUCUCCAAUGGAUAUCGCAUCUAGAGUUCUCGCACAGUAAAGAAGCUACCGACUUAACAUGGGACACCGUGGACGUCGUUCUACCACGAACGGAAAAGCUGAAGAAUUUGAUACGAGCUGGAAUUCCACAUUCGCUCAGACCACAAAUGUGGAUGCGAAUGUCCGGUGCGUUGCAGAAAAAAAUGAAUUCCGAAACGACAUACAAAGAGAUUAUAAAAGCAUCGAGCAACGACGCCUUGAUGACGUCCAAACAAAUUGAAAAAGACUUACUACGGAUACUGCCAACUAACGCUUGCUUCAGUUCGCCUAAUGGAACGGGUAUUCCACGAUUACGGCGAAUACUGCGAGGACUGGCUUGGCUCUUUCCCGACAUUGGAUACUGCCAGGGCACUGGUGUAAUUGCGGCUUCCCUGUUGUUGUAUCUUGAGGAAGAGGAUGCUUUCUGGAUGAUGGCCACUAUUGUUGAGGAUCUUCUUCCGGCAUCGUAUUACAGCAGCACUUUGUUGGGAAUUCAGGCCGAUCAACGAGUGAUGCAGACAUUGAUUUCGAAUUAUUUGACCGUGGUCGAUGAUGCGCUGAAAAAUCAUGACAUCGAACUAUCCUUGAUUACGUUGCAUUGGUUCCUGACACUGUUUGCAAAUGUCGUCCAUAUGAAAAUACUGCUCAGAAUUUGGGACUGGUUCUUCUUUGAAGGAUCAAUCGUCCUGUUCACCGUCACCUUGGGAAUGUUAAAAAUCAAGGAGCCAAAUCUUCGUACUCUGGAAAAUUCGGCUCAAAUAUUCAACUCCCUUUCGGACAUUCCCGGUGAGAUCGACGACGUUGAAUACUUGUUCCAAAUAUCGCAAGAAGUUGGUGGCUCAUUGAGCAAGACUGUCAUCGAAACGCAUCGCAGACGACAUUUGGCUUAUUUGAUGGCAUCAUCCGGUGGCCUGAUCGGAAAUCCAGAAGUUGCCCCAAAUUUACCGAAACAACAACUCAACCGGCGCCAAGUGAAAAAAUCGAAGUCAAUGUUUCAGAUGUUGUUCUUCGGCAACGACGGACGAGAUGACGACGAUUUGAAGAACAAAAAUAUUCGACAAACCGAAAUACUGGUCGAUUUACGCGAAGCUAUUCUGAAAGUGUGUCGUCACUUUCUAACGAUUGAACCGAAGUUAUCUGCCCACAUAAAGACCGUUGCCGAUUAUUCAAUGGAUAGCCAUUCGAAGGACCAUGAAAACUACAUCAAUGUGUCGCGAACCCGCAAACGGCGAGCGAAAGCAUUGCACGAUUUUGAGAGGAAUGACGACGAUGAGCUGGGCUUUCGACGAAAUGACAUCAUCACGAUAUUAAGCCAAAAAGAUGAACAUUGCUGGGUUGGUGAAUUGAAUGGCCUGCGAGGAUGGUUUCCGGCCAAAUUCGUUGAAUUGUUGGACGAACGGAGUAAACAGUAUACGCAUGCCGGAGAUGAUGCCAUUUCGGAAACUGUGACUGAUUUGGUAAGAGGAACAUUGGCACCGACCAUAAAACAAGUCUUGGAAAAUGGCAUGAAGCGUCCGUCAUUUUUGGGCGGGCCGUGUCAUCCAUGGCUGUUUAUUGAAGAAGCCGCUACCAGGGAAGUUGAAAAGGAUUUCGACUCUGUGUACAGUAGACUAGUUCUGUGCAAGACAUAUCGUCUGGACGAAGAUGGAAAAGUGCUGACCCCAGAAGAACUACUAUAUAGAUAUGUGCAAUUGAUAAACCAGUCUCAUGAUAGUGCCCACGCUCAAAUGGAUGUGAAACUACGAUCGUUGGUAUGUCUAGGCCUAAAUGAACAAGUACUCCACCUUUGGCUGGAAGUGUUGUGUUCGUGUGUGGAAGUUGUUCAGAAAUGGUAUCAUUCUUGGAGUUUUAUCUACUCUCCGUGCUGGGUGCAGAUAAAAUGCGAACUACGAAUACUGUCGCAGUUUGCAUUCAAUUUAAAUCCCGAUUGGGAAUUGCCACUGAAAAAAGGAAACGAAAGCCAGCCGCUGAAAGAUGGAGUACGUGAUAUGCUGGUCAAGCAUCAUCUGUUUUCGUGGGACUUGUAACUCUUUGGUCGUUUUUGUGUUAUAAUCUUUUUUCAUAAAUAAUUUAUUGUCCACUUUAUGUACAUGAUCUAAUCUACCGUUGAAUGACAUUAUUUAAAAGCAUUGAA